GUCCCCGACCCCUUCCUUGAGGGCCUGGAGCUGGUUUUGACAGCCAUGGAGCCCAGAGUCGGGGAACAAACAAUGACAGGCGACUUUCGGAUGUCCGUGCGGACAUUCGACAGUUUAUGCUCAUGUCAUUGUUGGCUCCCCUGCAGAGACUGCCUCCGGACGCCCCGCAGCCCCUCCGGCUCGAGUCGGCCCCCUUAUCCCGCCCGAUCGGUCGCCCUGCCGCGACGACUCCUGCGAAGAGCCAGGGAGAAUGUUGCCAGAAGACGCUUCCGCCAAUUAUUCGUAUCCUCUGACCUGGGCUGCCAACUCCAGCAGAGAACAGCUGGAUGGUUUUGCCCAGCUGACCGUGGUCGGCGUUAGCGGGGCGUUCCUGGUGGCCUUCGUCGUGGUCAAUUUCCUGAACAUCAAGCAUCUGUCUUUCCCGGCACCGCUGGUCAUUGUCAUCAUAGGGGCUGGUUUUGGAUCGUAUCUGUGGUGGACUCCCGCUUUCGGGGAGAGGCACACUCUGUCGCAGUCGCUGGUCCAGUGGGUAUUCGGGCUCUGGCUGACGUACGUCGCCCUGCCCGUGCUGAUGUUUGAAGCAGGCUGGUCGCUAAAGCUCCGGGACUUUGUGUCCCAGCUUGGUUACAUAUUGUUGUUCGCCAUCAUAGGGACGAUCGCGUCCAUGAUCGUCGUCGCCUAUCUCAUCCUCUGGACCUCGGGUUACCACGGCGUUUAUGACGCGAGGACCGCAUUCGCCUACGGCGCGCUCAUAUCCUCGGUCGACCCGGUCGCAACCUUGACGACCUUCAACCACCUGAAUGUGGACCCGCUGCUAUACAUCCUCGUGUUCGGAGAGGCCUCGAUCAACGAUGCCGUGGCGAUCGCCAUCUUCGACACGCUGAACAGCAAAUCCAUUGGUCAAAUCGACCAGGGCUUCGCCGUGGGCUGGAAAGUGGUCGAGCUCUUCUGCGGCUCCGCGCUGCUGGGCCUCGCGCUGGGCAUCGCCUACAUCCUGACCCUGCGUCUCACCCGCAUCAAUCGCUCGCCUGCCGAGGCCACGCUGUUCAUCUUCGUGUCCUGCUUCUUCACCUUCGCGCUCGCCGAGUCGGUGGGCAUGUCGGGCAUCAUCACCAACCUCUUCAACUCGAUUUUCGUUGGCAUGUACGCUGGGUCCCACCUCUCCCCGCAGGAGAUGACCUUGGCCUCCUUCCUGCUGAAGCAGACCGCGACCCUGAUGGACAUGUCCAUAUUCAUGCUCUGCGGAAUAGAGGCGGUCUUCUCUUUGGUGGCUGUGGACUGGGGAGGCUUUCUGUUCGGCCUGUGGGUGGCACUGUUCUGCUUGGUGGGGCGCUUCUUCGCCGUAUACCCCCUGGCCUUCGUCUCCAAUCUGAUUAAGCAGAAAGUCGGCAAGAAGCUGCCAGCAGAGACACGGCAUCUAAUCACCAACAAGCACAUGUUCAUGAUGUGGCACUCUGGCUUGCGAGGUGGUGUAUCUCUGAAGCUGGCCAUCGACUUUGGGAAGUGGGUGGACGACGCGAACACAUGCAAGAGUGACAAUUGCAGCGAACUUGGCAUCCGGAAUCAGAUCAUCACAGGUACUUUUGUCAUGAUAUGUAUUUAUUUGCUGCUCUUCGGAAGCACAACUGGGUUAUGCUUGCGGAUGCUCGGCCUGCCCAUGGGCGACCAAGUACCCCACGGUCAGAACCUCUACGAGAGCAGUGACAAGGACGGAGCGGCUUGGCGGAAUUUGGAGAUGAUCCGGCACAAGGUCCUCUACCCUGUCCUCGUAGGGCGCAGCAACGACAACAGCGACGACGAGCGCAACGACAACGAAAUCGCGACGGAGCUGCCGGACGUGCAGGAGCACCAACGGGAACGAGCGGCAUCAGACCACCUACGGGAACGAGCGGUACCAGAUCACGGGAACGAGCCGCACACGGGCCUCAGUGGCCCUUUGACUUGCCCGAUGCCGAGGAUGCCUAUAGCGAGGGGCCGCGCUGACAGCGAGGUUAUGCUCGACCUGUACGGCACCUGCGACCCCGCGCAUGCGAACAGCAUCGCGGACCAGAUCGCGUGGCGUAGACACACCGCUCCUGGCAGCGGGCAGGCCGGGACCGAGUCCAGCCUGAGCAGCGACAGCGACAGCGAGGCGUGACCGUCAAAGGGCGGGCAGCGCUGCUGGGCAGGAGGCGUUGAUGCUGACGGAUGUGCUGCCGCAGUGCUGGCUGCACCUCUGGCGACUUCACAACCAAGGCGUUUUGCUCCGCGAGGCUCCGCAUCUGCAGGUGGGCUGCAUCGCUGCGGUACAAAAAUAUAGGUUGUCAAGUGAAUUCUUGACGCUUCGCGUAUGCCCACCAGUCUUCCCUCGGCGGUUGCAGCCUCUGCCCUCAGCGCAGCAGCAGCUUCCCUCGGCGGUAUGUUCUGCUGUUGCCUGCGCGCGCGCGCUAGGCAAUUGGUUCUGCUCGUAGCCCGAGCCGACUUGUGACGCCACCGGCGCCUUCGCCUGCGGUCGCGACAAAAAAAGUAUCCCCACCAGCCCAUCCC